AUGGGUUUCAAUUUUCGAAAUCAACGACAUGUGCCUGCUGGACUUAAUGAGACAGCGCCGGGCUCCAUUGGAGUUCCUCAAGGCGCCGCUUUGGGACCACUGCUGUUUCUGAUCUACGUCAACGAUCCUCCCGAUGUUCUUGCAGGUCCAUGUCUACUUUUUGCGCACGACUUGAAAUACUGGAGUUACAAUGCCAGUGCCCCUCAAAUGGAUGUAGACGCUGCAGUAUCGCCGCCUCCGAGGGGACCUAAUGCUUUCUUAUGCCCUGUUCAAACAAGCUCGGCCAACAAGCUUUUCACUGUUGACCCAACAAAAAUACGGCGUGGAAAUAAUGAACAACAGCCGCCGAAUGACAAGAACAAAACCGACACGGUAAACUUGGGCAAAAGCCUCGAUCCUUACUUUGCGGAGCCCAUGUCGGAGCGAGAAUUGCUACCGAGCAGUAUGCAUGGGGAAAUAUUUGGUCGUCUACAGCCAAUCUUGAGCGUGAGCGAAACUCUGUUGGAGUCGAUUCUCACAAUGGGCAUCGAUGAGGCGUUUUUGCUAAUUGCUCCCUGUUUAAAGUUGUACGCGGACUAUUCGCGUCGUUACCAGACCGUAUUGGUUCUACUCGAGACGUGUAUAGCGCUCAGCCCAGAUUUGCACCGCUUUAUCAGCCAACAAGAGAGUCUCCCUGAAGUCGACCUCCAGUUGUCCGCUUUGCUGAUUAUGCCAAUUCAAAGGAUUCCUCGGUACUCGCUGAUGUUACAAGAACUACUCAUGAUCUGUCUACAAAUGGACGGCCUAAAUAAUACGAAAGCCGUGUCUUGCAUUGAAAAGCUCUCAUCGGUUGUGCAGGAGAGACACAUUAUCCCCGAACAAGUCUGCACACAUAUUCUUCGCAUGUACGAUUGCAUUCAGUCUCGCCAACCAUUCCCCGAGGAUUCGGAACUCGCUUCUGGUCUGGUGUUUCUUGGUCACUUCAUGCCGUCGCUUCGCUUCGCCACAGUGAAAUUGAUGGCUGCUUUCGCGUCGAUUGCUGCGACUGCUACCUACCUGAACGAACAAAUCAGGAUUAACAGUCAAGCGGAUAUGGCUGCCAUUUUGCAAUCAAAGUUGCUUGGGAAUCGAACGGAGAACCUGCUCCUCGUCCCAGGCCGACGUCUUCUUCGAUACGGCUUGGUUUACAAGCGCAACGAGCUUACCGGUCGACUUCACUCCAGGCUGUUGGUACUCAUGUCCGAUAUACUGAUCUACGCAACCCCGCGGAAGGUCUACCGACGUUCUGGAAAAUUUGUUACUGUCCCAGCAUCAACUAAAAAGUCGGGUGACUUGCGUCGCUCUCAACCAAUGUCCUCCACUCGUUAUCGACGAGUCAGAUUCAAUCACUUUGCAUUUUUACGUGCCAGAACCAAACGACUCAUAGCAGGACGUCUGGCUGAAAAGGCGUGGCUGAACAGCAUCACUUGUCCGUCGUCGCCCUCAUCAGCUCACCCCAAGGACAUCCUAACCAAGAGAAACCUGCGCUUUUCCUGCGUUUCCGUCUAUCCGUUGCACCAUUGCCAAAUCGAACCGCAUUUCACACCGAGCAUCCCCACCGAUCAGACUUUUAUUCUUUCACGAGUGACCCGAUUAACCUCUAUUUUGGAGUGCAGCCCGGUCAAAAGCACUAGUUCUCAGUCCAAGGAUUUGCUUGGACACUCGGUGGAGAUCAACAACUCGGCGAGGAUUGAAAAGUCUGACGGACCAAAUGCCAAUAAAGGAGACAGUAAUGCGUUUACCAUCCGCUGUCGUGAUGCCAGCUUUACCGUCGUCCUGGACAAGCGAGAUCUUGCCGAGGAAUGGGUGGUGAAUUUGGAGAACGCCCUGCGUGCAGUUAAACUAGCUCGCCAAAGCUUACGAAAAGCCAGCAGCGCAAAGCGUCCCAUGCAGGUUUCGGAUUUCGUUCGCUAUGAACAAUGGCUUGCAUCUAGAGAGGCCCAAACUCGGCCUGAUCCAGACUAUGUUCUUCCGCACGCUGUUCGGGUUGCCGAAAGUCUGGGUUUGUACACCGAUUCCGCUCUAUCUAAUCUUCGUCAGCGACAUGCGUCGGAUCCUACCCGUGGAAUUAGCGAUUCCUUAGGCAAGCUCACAUGUGGAUUGAGGCUCCUGUCUCCGUUUCGUAGCGGUCGAAGAUGUUUUAUGUCAGAUCCAACUCAAUUCCGAUCUGUGCCUACCUCCCCAUCUUGGCAAACGGAAGAUUAUCAGAUCAGUAAUAACGUUCAACUCGUCUCCGUUGACGACGCUGAUGAGAAUUCCGACCCGCUUCGAACUAAAACAAGAACAACUCCGACACUUCAGUACCGAACAUUUUCCUUACAAACAAUGCACAGUGCGAGCGACCCCACCGAACAUGUUGCAUACUCUCCACCUCUGUUGCCUUUAUGGAGAAAACGACUGUGUGUUCGUGAUGGGUCCGGUGCGUAUGCGAACGUGUUGAACAUAAGUACUGAUUCCAACCUACGAAGCAGCCUAACUGAAAGACGAUUUAGGUACAUUUCCAUCCGAGUCUCUUAUUUGACCUUGAAAUUCCCGUUUAUCCUGUUCCAUAUUAAUCAUUUGUUCAUUGUGAUGAUUUUAGCUCAUAUGAUGCCACCACUUGUACACUUCUACAAUUUGCGCAUUUCUCCCUUUUAUACUAUCCCGGAAAUAUUUUGUACUCUUCUAUCUGAGUUUUUACUACGUCAGCUGUUUAUUGGUGUUUGUACCCUGUUAGUUACCAAAGAUGAGGUGAAACCCACAAAUCCUAUGUGUCGCGGUGCGGACAUUCUCAUUACUGCAGUUACACAUUCCAUGGCUGACUUACACCUACUUUACAUGUAA